AUGAAUGAUCAUACAGAAGAAAACGGCAAGAAAAGCAAUUCUGCCCAGGUAACAUCUACAGAAGGAAAUGUCUCUCCUGCUAAAGACUGCUCAAUAACACAAAAACAAUUGCAACAACUUGAGAAACAAUUAAAAUACUUAGCCUUUCAAAACCCAGGACCUCAGGUAGCUGACUUCAAUCCUGAAACUAGAGAACAGAAAAAGAAAGCGUACAUGUCACAGAUGAAACGGAAACAAGAUUUUUUUUAUAAACCCAAAAUUACAAAGAAGUAUGACAAACAUGGCAGGCUGCUUUGUAAUAACAUCGAUUUAUGUGACUGCCUGGAAAAGAACUGCCUGGGUUGCUUCUAUCCUUGUCCCAAAUGCAAUUCAAACAAAUGUGGACCAGAAUGUCGCUGCAAUAGGAAAUGGGUUUAUGAUACAAUUGAGACUGAAGCUGGCAAUGUGAUCAGCAUGUUGCCAUUUUUUGUCCCUGACUGA